AAAUUCUAAAAACAAUUUAUGUACCUACCAAGAGCACUGACCAAGAGCGUUAAAAAAUCGUUCGUUGAGCUGUUAUCAUGGUUGGAGUGCUGGCUAUUUUGGAACCAAAGGAUUUGGUAUGCGACGAUGGUAAGACACCUGACGGUAUACUUAUUAUUCCCUGGAAGAUCCCCUAUACUUAUUAUACUCUUUGCCUGGAAGUUGGGAAUGGAAAGGUAGUGGUCAAACGUCGCGUCGGUUCAUCAAUUAAUAUAAAAUUAAAAAUGUCUGUAGCAAUGUUGCCAGUCUUCUGGGUACUGAUACAAAGUGACAGCAUGCAUGCAUGUUAUAUUAAUGAUUGACUGACAGUGGUGACUGGACUCUGGAGUCUGGAAUACAAACUCUUUGGACUUUAUUAUCUACAAACUCAAUGACUGGACAAUAUUGACCAGAUAAGCAUUGAGCUGACAAUAAUACCUAUAAAUGGACAUCAAUGCCAUUCAAUGGAGUGGACUGAACAGGCAAAACGCAGCAGCAGUGGUAGUCAAGUCAAAGUUAACACUGCACUUCAAAGGCUGAUAUUGUAGUUGUUCGCACGGACGGAGGCUCAAAAUAAGAUGGUGAACAACAAGGAUAGUGAAUCCGAGUCGGAUGGCAUGUCGUCGGGCGACGAGGCGCGCGUCCGCAUCAGUGUGUGCAUGCGGCGCGUGCACUGCGACCACCGCGCGCGCGCGUACGUCAGCGCGCGGCCGCGCCGCCGCCUGCACUGGCUCUACCGCCGCCUGCGCGCGCGCUACCAGCUGCCGCGCGCCUUCCAUCUGCUGUGUCGCGGACAUCUGCUGCAUCCGCGCGAGCCGCUCGCGUUGCUUGAGCGGGACGAUCUAGUCGAAGUGAUUCCUGUGAGCGCUGAAACUGAAAAGACUGUUCAGGACGAAGUAGAUUCCGUAGUAGUCGCCGCCGAGCUCAACUCGUCGCUGCCGGAAGUUAUGGAGGAUCUCGAGGAAACAAAACGACGUGCGCUACUCAUGCUUGAUCAGUACCGAUCUACAUUACCGUUAGAGGAAGCCGUCGACUGUUCAACGCGGCCCCGCCGGCGACGAGUCAGGCGUCGCCGGCGCGCGGGCGCCAAGCUGCCGGGCGCCAGCUCGGGGGACGAGCCGCCACUGGAGCUGGAGUCGCAGGCCAUGGUGCUACGCAAUGACUUACAGCCGCGAGCGCCGCGCGUCGUGCGCCCGCUGUCGCCAUCGGGAGCUUGCACACAUGAUUUUGCAUCUACAGCUGAUAUUCUAGCAUAAAUAAAUUUAUACGACAUGAUUAUUUCAUUGUUUUCAUGUGUAAAUCUAUUGUCCUGCUCGCAUUAUCAAUUACUUAAUCAGUUUUUUUGCUAAAAUCGGUAAUAAAUUUUUUUUAUUUUAU